UGUUCUGUGUGUGUUCCUGUUCUCUGUGUGAAUGACAGUCACAGAAGUCUGACUUUUACCUUUAAACUCUGUCCUUUUAACUCUAACACUCGGAUCUAUUUGUGUUUUUCUACGUUUUCACAGUUUUUUUUAUCCGUAAAACUACACAAACAUGGGCCGGAAGGUGACUCUUGCCACUUGUUCUUUGAAUCAGUGGGCUUUAGACUUUGAUGGAAAUCUGACCCGAAUUCUGAAAAGCAUUGAGGUCGCUAAGUCACGUGGAGCCAAAUACAGACUGGGUCCAGAGCUGGAGAUCUGCGGGUACGGCUGUGCUGAUCACUUCUAUGAGUCGGACACGUUACUCCACAGCUUUGAGGUCCUGAGGAAACUUCUGGAGUCUCCCAUCACCCAGGACAUCAUCUGUGACGUGGGAAUGCCCAUCAUGCACCAUAAUGUCCGCUACAUUUGUCGAGUCCUGUUCCUUAACAGGAGAAUCCUGCUGAUCAGGCCUAAGAUGGUGAUGGCCAACUGUGGCCUCCACAGAGAGAUGCGCUGGUUCUCACCCUGGAACCAGUUAAGGCAGGUGGAGGAGUAUUUUCUUCCCCGAAUGAUCCAGGAGGUAACAGGACAGGAUACAGUGCCAUUUGGUGACUGUGUACUUUCCACCAAGGACACGUGUAUAGGCUCUGAGAUAUGUCAAGAACUGUGGAGCCCCAGGAGUCCUCAUAUUCAGAUGAGUCUGGAUGGGGUGGAGAUCUUCACCAACUCCUCAGCGAGUCAUCAUGAGCUGCGUAAAGCCGACCAAAGGGUUAACCUGAUCAAAUCUGCCACGGCUAAGUGCGGGGGUAUCUACCUGUACUCCAACCAGAGGGGCUGUGAUGGAGACAGGGUCUACUACGACGGCUGUGCCAUGGUGGCCAUCAACGGGGACGUGGUGGUUCAGGGAGCACAGUUCUCCCUUAACGACGUGGAGGUCAUCACAGCCACUCUGGACCUGGAGGACGUACGCAGCUACAGAGGAGAGAGAUGCCACCCACACAUGGAAAAUGAACCCAAACCCUGUCAUCGGGUCAAAGUCGACUUCUCUUUAUCCACUGGAGACGAUAUCUACCUCCCAACUCACCAGCCAAUAACAUGGAACUAUCACACACCAGAAGAGGAGAUCAGUCUAGGCCCCGCCUCCUGGCUCUGGGAUUACCUGAGAAGGAGUGGUCAGGGGGGGUUCCUGUUACCUCUGAGCGGGGGGGUGGACAGCUCGUCCACAGCCUGUAUCGUCCACUCCAUGUGUGUCCAGAUCUGCCAGGCAGUACAGGACAACAACUCUCAGGUGUUGGAGGAUGUCCGCCGGGUGACGGGGGACGCCUCUUAUUACCCUCAGGACCCACGGGAGCUGUGUGGACGCCUGUUCACCACCUGCUACAUGUCCAGUGAAAACUCCUCUGUGGACACGUGUACCAGAGCCAAAGAGCUGGCCCAUCAGAUCGGCAGCACACACAUGAACAUCAACAUAGACAUGGCAGUGAAAGGCAUUCUGGGUAUUUUCUCCGUGGUCACAGGGAAGUGGCCUCAGUUUCGUGUCAACGGUGGAAGUCCCAGAGAAAACCUGGCUCUGCAGAACGUUCAGGCUCGGGUCCGGAUGGUUCUGGCCUACCUGUUUGCCCAGUUGAGUCUGUGGGCUCGUGGAAAACCUGGUGGUCUGUUGGUUCUGGGCUCGGCCAAUGUAGAUGAGAGUCUGACUGGAUACUUCACCAAAUACGACUGUUCCAGCGCCGACAUCAACCCAAUAGGAGGCAUCAGCAAAACGGACCUGAAGAGUUUUCUACUGUACUGUGUGGAACAGUUCCAACUCACUGCACUGAAAGGCGUCCUGUCGGCUCCGCCCACCGCUGAACUGGAACCGCUGACAGACGGACAGGUGUCUCAGACUGAUGAGGCCGACAUGGGCAUGACCUACUCGGAGCUGUCGGUGAUUGGACGACUGAGGAAGAUGUCCAAAUGCGGUCCUUUCAGUAUGUUCUGUAAACUCAUCCACAUGUGGAGGGACGCACUCUCACCUGCAGAGGUGGCCCAAAAGGUGAAACACUUCUUCAGGAUGUACUCUGUGAACCGCCAUAAGAUGACCACGGUGACCCCGGCCUACCACGCCGAGAGCUACAGCCCCGACGACAACCGCUUUGACCUCCGACCUUUCCUCUACAACACACGCUGGACCUGGCAGUUCAGGUGCAUCGACGACCAGGUGACAAAGACGACAACCAACAACCUGAAGGAGUAAAACAAUGAUCCAGUGAACACUCAACAGAUCCAAUAAAUCCAACAGACCCAACAGAUCUAACGGAUCCAACAGCCCCAACAGAUCCAAUAGAUCCAACAGACCCAAUAGAUCCAACAGAUCCACUAGAUCCAACAGAUCCAAUAGAUCCAACAGACCCAAUAGAUCCGACUGAUCCAACAGACCCAAUAGAUCCAACAGGUCCAAUAAAUCCAACAGACUCAACAGAUCUAACAGGUCCAAUAGAUCCAACAGAUCUAACAGGUCCAGUAGAUCCAACAGGUCCAAUAGAUCCAACAGACCCAGUAGAUCCAACUGAUCCAAUAGAUCCAACAAUAUCCAAUAGAUCCAACAGACCCAAUAGAUCCAACUGAUCCAAUAGAUCCAACUGAUCCAAUAGAUCCAACAAUAUCCAAUAGAUCCAACUGAUCCAAUAGAUCCAACAGAUCCAAAAGGUCCAGUGGAUCCAACAGGUUCCUACUUGUGUCUCAUACUUGUCUUUUUUUCAGAUUAGAACAUACUGUGGUAAUAAUUACAUGUUCUUUCACUUGGUUUGUGUACUUUUCUUUUCAUUCACUGAACCCAUUUUUGUUCUUUUGUAAAUGAUGAUACUGAACUCAUGGGUUUAAUUCAGAUCCUACAGACCAGUUGAACCAUAGGAUGAAUAAACAUAUGCAUCAGUUUAAAUCAUUUAAACACUGGGAUGGAGAAUGCAUCAGACUUUUAUGGAAAACUACUGUAAUAUGAAAAUAUAAGCAGAGUUCUACAGUCAGAACCCCCAGUGAAUUAAACAUUAAAGGUAAAAUGUAAAAUAAAGAUUAAAAGUAAAAUGACAUGAACUGUGUCUGUUUUACUGUUGGACUCAUUUUUACUGCUGCAUUCAUGCAUAUGUUCCAUUUUACUGCUGACCAUGUGGCGUUCACUGUAACUAAUUCAUGUACUUUUGUCUAGUUUAGUCAUAUUCUAUACGAUUAGCAUACUGUUAGCCUCCUAGCAUGAUAGCAUUUAUCACAGUAGAAUUAACAGUCAAUUUUUUGACCAAAUAGUGACCUCUGUAUAAAUGAAUCAGCAGUGUUAUGAGAGUAAAGUUAUGCAGAUAUCACAAUUUGGACAAAAAUAUGACUGAGCUAAUUAUACUAUGAGGCUAACGAUGUGUUGUUUCUGUCAAAAGGAGCUUUUUAUUCCUAAAUUUCAGCUUUUCAGUCUGUUUUCAGCUUUAUCACAAGUGAAGUUUCCAGUGAAUGUACGUUUUUAUUUGAUUAUUUCCAUUAAAAUGAGUCAUUUUUUGACUCAACCCAGAGCUGGAAAUUUAUUAUUAAAUUAUUUACUCGUACCACGAAGCACAAAUGAGGUGCUUUUCAUAAGGUAACAAGUAAUAUCAUAAACUAAUAUUAUAUUUUCAAUGAGCUAAUUUUUCCUCCUACAUCUGAGCUGAUUAUUGAUCUGGUGUGGAGGUCAGUAAAAAUGAUCAAUUCAAAGGAAAAGCUCAGAUAUAAUCAAACAACUAUUAUUUAUUGAUAAUGAGGUUUGGUUUCAAUGGUUUAUUUUUUGCGCUGAACAAUAUGAAUGUAAUGUUUGUCUACAGUGUAUUUUAGAUUUACUGCAGGAGCUGAUCUGGAAAUAAGAUCAAAUAAAAAUACACAAUGUUUCCA